ACUGCACAGAAGAGCCCGCUUUUGUUGGUGCUGAUUAGAUUGUAAACACAGCUGAAGGUAUCAUGAAAUGGCACAAGACUCGCUAACAGGCUGGAGAAGACUUCAGCAAUGACAUCACCUGCUCUCUGUGGUUCCCAGUUCAUCUCCAACAAAUGUGAUGGUCACCCACUCAGGAAGAUUUGUCUCUGUGACGGAGUGGGUUCUGCUGUGGAUCAGUGUGAGGACAGAGAGGAGGGAGUCCCUCCCUCUAAAACCACUCUGUGUGGGGAACAUGAGAGCCAGACCAAAGCUCAGAGGAACCAACCUGAACCUGAACCUGAACCUGGACCUGGACCUGAACCUGGACCUGGACCCAGCUGUGUGUCCUUACAGAGUGAUAACUCUAUGAAACGUCCCAUUGAUUUCAAAGGACAACAAGCUUCUGCUGCAGAACAAGUGGACCAGGAGAGCUCAGAGGUUCCCAGCAGUCAGACUGCCCUGCAGGACCAGAAACACCUGGACUCCAUAUUUAUGCUGCUGGAGGACAACAUCAUCACCUUUGUGAAGAACGAGCUGAAGAAGAUCCAGAAGACUCUGAGUCCAGAUUACCCAGAAUGCUUAGAGAGUCAGAGGAAGGAUGAGGACAUGUUGGCGGGUGAAGAGCAGAAGAGGAGCAGCAGAGAAGCUCUCCUGAAGAUCGUUGAUCACUUCCUGAGGUGGAUGAAGGAGGAGGACCUGGCUGACCUUCUGCACAGAAGAACUCCAGCUACAUGCCAGCAAAAACUCAAGUCUGCUCUGAAGAAGAAGUUCCAGUGUGUGUUUGAGGGUGUUCCUAAAGCAGGAAACCCAACCCUUCUGAAUCAGAUCUACACAGAGCUCUACAUCACAGAGGGAGGGGCUGCAGAGGUCAAUGAUGAACAUGAGGUCAGACAGAUUGAAACAGCAUCCAGGAAACCAGACAGACCAGAAACAACAAUCAGACAAGAAGACAUCUUUAAAGGCUCACCUGGAAGAGAUGAACCAAUCAGAACAGUGCUGACAAAGGGAGUGGCUGGCAUUGGGAAAACUGUCUUAACACAGAAGUUCACUCUGGACUGGGCUGAAGACAAAGCCAACCAGGACAUCCAGUUCAUGUUUCCAUUGACUUUCAGAGAGCUGAAUGUGCUGAAAGAGAAAAAGUUCAGCUUGGUGGAACUUGUUCAUCACUUCUUUACUGAAACCAAAGAAGCAGGAAUCUGCAGCUUUGAAGACUUCCAGGUUGUGUUCAUCUUUGAUGGUCUGGAUGAGUGUCGACUUCCUCUGGACUUCCACAACACUGAGAUCCUGACUGAUGUUACAGAGUCCACCUCAGUGGAUGUGCUGCUGACAAACCUCAUCAGGGGAAACCUGCUUCCCUCUGCUCGUCUCUGGAUAACCACACGACCUGCAGCAGCCAAUCAGAUCCCUGCUCAGUGUAUUGGCAUGGUGACAGAGGUCAGAGGGUUCUCUGACCCACAGAAGGAGGAGUACUUCAGCAAGAGAUCCAAGAAUAAGGAGCAGGCCAGCAGGAUCAUCUCCCACAUCAAGACAUCACGAAGCCUCCACAUCAUGUGCCACAUCCCAGUCUUCUGCUGGAUCACUGCUACAGUUCUGGAGGAUGUGCUGAAAACCAGAAAGAGAGGAGAGCUGCCCAAGACCCUGACUGAGAUGUACAUCCACUUCCUGGUGGUUCAGGCCAAAGUGAAGAAGGUCAAGUAUGAUGGAGGAGCUGAGACAGAUCCACACUGGAGUCCAGAGAGCAGGAAGAUGAUUGAGUCUCUGGGAAAACUGGCUUUUGAUCAGCUGCAGAAAGGAAACCUGAUCUUCUAUGAAUCAGACCUGACAGAGUGUGGCAUCGAUAUCAGAGCAGCCUCAGUGUACUCAGGAGUGUUCACACAGAUCUUUAAAGAGGAGAGAGGGCUGUACCAGGACAAGGUGUUCUGCUUCAUCCAUCUGAGUGUUCAGGAGUUUCUGGCUGCUCUUCAUGUCCAUCUGACCUUCAUCAACUCUGGAGUCAAUCUGCUGGAAGAACAACAAACAACCUCCCAGACAGAGAAACACCUCUACCAGAGUGCUGUGAACAAGGCCUUACAGAGUCCAAAUGGACACCUGGACUUGUUCCUCCGCUUCCUCCUGGGUCUUUCAAUACAGACCAAUCAGAGUCUCCUACGAGAACUGCUGACACAGACAGGAAGUAGUUCAGUGGCCAAUCAGGAAACAGUCCAGUACAUCAAGAAGAAGAUCAAUGAGAAUCUGUCUGCAGAGAAAAGCAUCAACCUCUUCCACUGUCUGAAUGAACUGAAUGAUCGUUCUCUAGUGGAGGAGAUCCAACAGUCCCUGAGAUCAGGAAGUCUCUCCACAGAUAAACUGUCUCCUGCUCAGUGGUCAGCUCUGGUCUUCAUCUUACUGUCAUCAGAAGAAGAUCUGGAUGUGUUUGACCUGAAGAAAUACUCUGCUUCAGAGGAGGCUCUGCUGAGGCUGCUGCCAGUGGUUAAAGCUUCCAACAAAGCUUUACUGAGUGGCUGCAACCUCUCAGAGAGAAGCUGUGAAGCUUUGUCCUCAGUUCUCAGCUCCCAGUCCUCACAUCUGAGAGAGCUGGACCUGAGUAACAAUGACCUGAAUGUUUGGGGAGCGAAGAAGCUUUCUGCUGGGCUGGAGAGUCCACAUUGUAAACUGGAAACUCUCAGUCUGUCCGGCUGUCUGAUCACAGAGGACGGCUGUGUUUCUCUGGCCUCAGCUCUUCACUCAAACCCAUCGUCCCGUCUGCGAGAGCUGGACCUGAGCUACAACCACACAGGAAAGUCAGGGCUGAAGCUGUUGGCUGAGCUCGAGGAUCCCCUCUGGAGCCUGGAGACUCUCAGGUUGGAACCUUUUGGAGUCCAGUGGUUGAUGCCAGGCUUGAGGAAGUAUUCCUGUCAACUCACAGUCGACACAAACACAGUGAACACAAACCUCCAGCUGUCUGACGACAACAGGAAGGUGACGCACCUGAAGGAGGUUCAGUCGUAUCCUGAUCAUGCAGACAGAUUUGAGCGUCCUCAGCUGCUGUGCUCUGAUGGUCUGACUGGUCGCUGUUACUGGGAGGUCGAGUGGAGAGGAAGGGUCGAUGUCGCCGUGAGUUACAGAGGAAUCAGAAGGAGAGGAGACAGAAACGACUCCUGGCUCGGGAGGAAUGAUCAUUCCUGGUGUCUGGGCUGCUUUCCUGAUGGUUACUCUUUGUGCCACAACAACAGUGUAACAUUCAUUCGGCUGCCCUCCUCCUCCUCCUCCUCCUCCUCCUCUAACAGAGUAGCAGUGUAUCUGGACUCUGCUGCUGGGACCCUGUCCUUCUACAGAGUCUCCUCUGACACCUUUAGUCACAUCCACACCUUCAACACCACAUUCACUGAACCUCUUUAUCCUGGGUUUGGGUUCCAGAGUGACACCUCGCUGACUCUGUGUGACACAGAGAAGCUCUGAGAGGGCUAAAAUGAUCCAAACUGACCUCAGCUGUGAGCUGCAACAGUCUGUGUUUUACUUCCUGCAGUCAAAGCGUUGUUGCUCUAAAGUCCUCCUGCUUAAUCUUCAGCUGUGGGACUAAAUGAGUGUAUGUGGACUGUCCUGUGAGCACGCUGUGCUUCUACAGAGUCUCCUCUGACACCUUCAUCCUCAUUCAGGCCUUCAGCAUCAGUCACUGAACCUCUUCAUCAGAUUUGAGACCCAUUUAAAGUUUCCAUUAAGGUUGGUUUAAACCAGGCCAAAGCUAUAGGGCCCCAGUCUUUGCUGUUUGUUGUAACUCUUUGUGCCAGUUCAGAAAAAAUUUAUUGCAGUUUAUUCAACAAUUUUGUAGAAAUCAUACAACAAAGCUCUGAAAAAAUCCAAUCGAGCCGCUCCGGGUUUCCAAAAUAAAAUAUUCCAGAAGUGUUAGGAUGAGAGUGAGGAAGAGGAAAUGAUGUCACCACCAAGAGGCUCAUUUUUGUCUUAAAGACAAGAUGAUAUGUUACAAAUUAUGAAGGUUAAUCACUGUAGCUGAAUCUCAGGUGCAAUGUUUUUGUUUUAUUUAAGCACAUGUAGAGUUUUUGUUAUAGAUGUUAUUAAAUCGAUUCAUGUUAUUUUAUUUAUUCAGUUAAUUGUUCAAACUGAUUAAUUCCGGUAUGUAACGAGCCUGCUCUGCUAUGAACACCAGGGGGCAGUGUUCGCACACAUGUAA